GAUGCAUCAGCUUGGUCAUGGAAAAGGGUGGAUGCAUCUCAAGAUGCUUUGUCAAGGUAUUGUCUUUAUUCUCCAAGUCAGUUCUCUCCUUGGGCACCCACAGUGCUUGGAUUAUGGACCUCCUUUCAAACCUCCUAUGCACUUAGAGUUUUGCUCUCAGUAUGAAAAUUUUGGAUGUUGUGAGCAGGUAAAGGACAACAUCAUUGCUGAAAAAUACUGGUCAGUCAUGGACUUUUAUGAUCUGGAGGGUCAGGAGCUGUGUGGACACUACAUUAGAGACAUCUUAUGUCAGGAAUGUUCUCCAUAUGCUGCCCAUUUGUAUGAUGCAGAAGAUCCAUACACACCUCUUAGAUUGCUCCCUGGCCUUUGUUCUGAUUUUUGUUCUGCAUUCUAUGUGAAAUGCUACAGUACCAUCUCACUUCUUACAGAUGACAAAAACAUUCUAGAAGCCAGUAAAAAAGGCAAAACUGAGUUCUGCAAUAUUCUAAGUUUACCCGACCAAGAUUAUUGCUACCCAAAUGUGUUAAAAAAUACAUUUCUAAACAAAAAUCUUGGGAUAGCUGAAGAUCAGAGCGGUUGUCUUAAAUUGUGCCUGAUUGAGGUCGCUAAUCAACUGAGAAACCCUGUCUUGAUGAUUCAUGCUAACGAUGGUACUCAUCGUAUGUUUGUGGCGGAGCAGAUUGGUUUAGUCUGGGUCUAUCUCCCUGAUGGCAGCCGACUAGAAGAGCCUUUUCUGAACCUUGAGGAGAAUGUAUUGGUAUCUCCCUUUUUUGGGGAUGAGAGAGGAUUUCUUGGAAUGGCAUUCCACCCAAAAUAUGAAUGGAAUGGGAAAUUUUAUGUGUAUUAUUCCAUCAUGAAUAAAGAUAACUUUACUGAGAUGAUCAGAAUCAGUGAGUUCCAUGUUUCAGUUAAUGACAUGAACAAAGCAGAUCCACAUUCGGAAAGGUAUAUUUUAGAGGUAGAACAACCAGCUGCGAAUCACAACGGAGGACAGAUACUGUUUGGCACAGAUGGAUAUUUAUACAUAUUCAUAGGGGAUGGAGGACUUUCUGGUGAUCCAUUAGGGAAUUCCCAAAACAAGAAUGCCUUAUUGGGUAAAGCGCUACGUAUUGAUGUUGAUGGAAUCCGAACACGCAUGAAACCCUAUGGAAUUCCACCAGAUAAUCCCUUUGUGUCUGACCCUAAUGCACGUCCAGAAGUAUAUGCGUACGGAGUUAGAAACAUGUGGCGAUGUUCUGUAGAUCAAGGGGAUCCUGUAACUAGAAAAGGAAGAGGCAGAAUCUUUUGUGGCGAUGUUGGGCAGAAUAGAUAUGAAGAAAUUGAUAUCAUCGUUAAAGGAGGAAAUUUUGGCUGGAGAGCGAAGGAAGGCUUUGAUUGUUUUGAUCCUGAUCUGUGUGACAAUCCGUCCUUAGGUGAUGUUCUGCCAAUAUUUGCAUAUGGUCACAAUAUUGGGAAAUCUGUCACCGGAGGCUAUGUUUACAGAGGCUGUGAAUUUCCAAAUCUUAAUGGUGUCUAUAUUUUUGGAGAUUUCAUGAAUGGUCGACUCAUGGCUUUACGUGAAGAUGAGAAGACAAAACAAUGGAAUCCACAAAAUAUCUGCAUGGGUGACAACAAUGUCUGUGCAUUUCCAAACCUGAUCAACAAGUACAGUCCAUUCAUUAUUUCUUUUGGGGAAGAUGAAGCAGGGGAACUGUUUUUUCUAUCAACUUCUGAACCAACGUCUGUUGCGCCACAAGGAACAAUUUAUAAACUGGUAGACCCCUCAAGGAGAGCACCUCCAGGAAAGUGUAAAUUUAAACCAACACCUGUGAAAAUAAAAAGUAAACGCAUACCGUUCUCACCCGAGCAGAAGACUAUUCUUCAAAUUCUUAAUAAGGAUGCAAAACUACAAACAGAAUCACCUAAUAUACCAAGAACUACAACAUCACCACUAAGAACGGAACCUACUAUAAAAACAAUCAUCAAUGAAACUCUAACUGAUACGCCUACAAUGAAACCUACAACUACAAAAGCUCCCAAACCAAAGACCAAAGACACAUUUUCAAAGCAAAAUGAGCAAAAGACGUCUAAAGUUCCAAAGACCAAUUCUAAGGAUAUACAUCUUUAUGACAAGAAACUCCAAACAUCUAAAUUAACAAAGACAAACUCAAAAUCAUCAGUUUUGUUUCCAAUCAAACCAAGGACCAAAAACACUGGUUUAAAGCAAAAUGAUCUAAAAAUGUCUAAGGUUCCAAAGAACAGUAUUAAUUAUAAAGAAAUAUCCAACAACAAGAUAAACAAUACCUCUAAAUUAAUGACGACAACAUCAAAAUCUCUAAUGUUAUUUCCUAUUAAAUCAAGAACCAAACACAUAGCUAUACAUAAAAAAGAUGAAAAAAUACCAAAAGUUCCAAGGAUUAAUGGAACAACUUUAAAAAUUUCCAAUGACAAGAAAAAGAAAACCUCUAAAUUAACAAAAAUAACACAGAAAUCACUGUUGUUAAUUCCUGACAAACCAAAGACUAAAGACACAGUUUCAAAGAAAAAGGAACAAAAGAUGCCAAAGGACAUUGCUAAAGAUAAAAAAGUAUCUAACAACAUGAAAAACAAAACCUCAACAUUAUCAAAAGCAAAACUAAAGACUGAUGGUACAACUAUAAAAAUAUCCAACAACAAGAAUAAUAAAACCUCUAAAUUAACGAAGGCAACAACUAAAUCACCUUUGUCCAUUGCCAAACCAAAGACCAAAGACAUAAUUUCAAAGAAAAAGAAGGAAAUGGUUCCUAAACUUCCAAAGAAGAAUACAAACCAUGAAAAUAUAUCUAACAACAUGAAAAACAACACUUCUACUUUAACAAAAACAUCAUCAAAAUCUCCAGUGUUAUUACCUACCCAAAACAGUACAAUGUUGUUUUCCAAAAAGAAGACAAACAAUAAGGACACAAAGAAUGCUGAGAAAAAAAUCAAUAAGAAAAAGUUCUAUAAUAAUUUGAAAAAGAAUAAUAAUACAGGAGAAGUAUUAUCUAGUGCAGGGGAAUCCACUGUUUUUAAAUGAGGCUCCAAAUAUUUGGUUACAGGGCCUGUUAAAAUUCUUUAUAAAUUUUAUUUAUUGAAAUAAAACAUUCACUUCUAUAUAAACAAA